AUGUCGAUGGCCGCGACCCCGGGGGGGGGAGCGGCGGUGGGAGCAAAAGCGGCAGCCGUCGGAGGGCCUGCGCCGCCGCCGGUGGCCAAGGCGGCAGUUCCCUUUCCGGAGGUGUUCGCGAGGGACGCCAUCAUUGCCUGGUUCCGAGGAGAGUUUGCGGCGGCGAACGCCAUAAUCGACGCCCUUUGCAGCCACCUAACUCAGAUCGACGAGCGAGGAUCGGCAGCCGGGGACUACGACGCCAUUUUCGCAGCCAUACACCGGCGAAGGAUGAACUGGAUUCCCGUCCUGCACAUGCAGAAGUACUUCUCCAUUGCUGACGUUUCCAUCGAGCUCCGUCGCUCUGCCGCUGCCAGGAGAGCGGCAGAGACGGAAGAGGCCAGGGACGGGGAACAGCGGGCACAGGAGAGGAAGGAGUCGGAGGCCAAGAACAAGAAUGGCGCGGGAGUCAUCCUCAAAGAAGAACAGGAUGUGGCCAAUAAUCCCAGUGAGGAAGGAGAGGCCGGGAGGGCGGAGGGCCUAGAUCGAAUCAAUGGCGAUCUCCGAGUGUCCGCGGUGGUAGUGAACGGGGAGAAGGAAGACGAGGAGACGGAAGAUUCUUCCGGAGAUUCCCCGGUCGCCGAUGACGGAGGUAAAGCCCCACAUCUUCUCUGUCUACUCCUCUCCCCCUGAUUGGUUUCCUUUCUUUUACAGACCACACGGUAACGAUUUUUCUCAUUUUUCUUCAUUCAGAAUCAUCCUUUUGUGAUCUGGUUUCCGUUCCGUCGGCACUCAAAUCUUGCUUUUCCUCCGAUUUUUUGUUCCCUUCACCCCAGCUAAGUCGGUUGGUGGUUCGUUGGUAGUUCCUUCAUCUCUCUCUCUCUCUCCCUGUCCCUCUCUUCUGCAAGUGGGUAGCCGGGGGGUGAAUCCGGUGCGCUCCUACCUCGCCGGGCGGCCAUCUGUUGGCUCUCUUCUCGUGCCACCAGCUCUUCCAAGCUCUGCUCCGUCACCUUGCCUGGCUUUUGUCCUCUUCCUCUCCCGUACUUCCUGGCCCAACAGACUAUUAGAAAGAACCCUAACCCCUCUUGCUAAUCAAUGGCGCCUUCCCUUCCGCUUACUCUCCCCACGCCGCUGCGACCGAGGGGUUGGUGGGUCGUCCGCCGCCGUCCUCAGAUAAUCAGAAGUUUCCUCCCCAUGGCUGCUCGUCGUCUGAUGACAGAUCCUUGAUCGGACGGUCCCAACCACUCCCUGUCCCCCUCCCUCUCUUCCUGACCGUCCGUCCGUCCGUCCGUCCUCUCAACCCUGUACAACUUUUCCUCGGCCGCCGGGGGUCGCCUGCCGAUCGCCUUCCAGAACUCUCCUUUGAUCCUCCGGCCGCCAACCCAUCCACGCGUCGGGUCCCCUAAAUUCAGCUCCCGAUUUCUUCCGGGAGAAUAUUCCAUUUUAUUCUCCCCUCUCCAUCUUCCACCCGUCGAAAUGACUGCUAUCGAGCCAGCGGCGGGAUUUUUUGACGAUUUUCCACUUCCGUCUUCUUUCUGCCACAUCGCUCUCUGCCCCCUUCCCGUCCUCUGAGGUCAUUGUCGCGAACUCGCGGGGUAAUUGCGAGUUUUCGUACAGGCGGCGCGGAAUCGUCGUCUUUGACUCUCGCGGGGGCACCAAGCUCCCUCCUCCCACGGCCCCCACCCCCUGUGGCUUCCUCCUCCUCCCCCCCUUAAUUACAGUUUCUCGCCUCGGCGUCCGAGCUAGAUGACCUUCCCGGCCCUCCGUGUAUGAAUUCCCUGCCGUGUGAUUCGAAUCUGAAAGGUCAGAUACGACAGGGGGGGACUCUUUUUUGUUUCUCCUGGGAUUUUUGUCGCCUCGCCAUCUUUUUCUGGCACGUGUGGGCAUCUAGACGGUCAACUCCACGCGACCAUUACGUGUUAUGCAUGGAUUGGUCAACGCAUUUCCGGGUGGAAGAAAAGAGGGCAGACCAGGGGAACACUAGGUUCUAAUUAUGGACUUGCUCUGUGUUCUUGGCAGCUUCAAGGGCUAAACGGAAUACUUAAGCCAGAUUAAUAUCAUUUCCUUUUUCAGCGUAGCCACAGAAUUAUCAAUUUUUUUCAUAAAUCCAUGUUGCCCGCAUUGAUCUUACACGUUUCAUUGCGUGAUGAGAUGCCCAAUUGCUUGUUUCUUCUUCUUCUUCUUCUUCUUCUUCUUCUUCUUCUCGUGUUAUUGUUGAAGCAAAACAGGGUGAUGAUCUUUCUAAUUUCCCUACUCUGUUUUACGUAGGAUCUCCUCAGGCGCCAACAGGUUCAAUGGAAGAUGCAGAAAUCUGGUCUGAACACGACGACCCUGCCGCUCGCCCAGAUCGGAUUAAGACGUUUAAAGGUUUUGUGGCGAAGGAACCAGUGAAAGGACAUAUGGUGAGUGAGCUUUCUAAACACGGCAAGAACUCCCCUCCCCCGCACAGAUUUCUCAGACCCGCGCCAUCUUUGUUGAGGCUGUGUUUGCCAUUAUCUCUCUAAAUCUAUUAAAUACUGUAUUUUUGUGUCUCUGAGGUUAAUGUCGUCAAAGGUCUGAAGCUGUAUGAGGACAUCUUCACAGGUUCAGAGCUCUCGAAGCUCACCGAGUUUAUCAAUGAGCUUCGUCUGUCAGGUCGACGAGGAGAAUUAUCAGGUCAGUCAGUCAGUAGUCUACUCGCGCUUGCUUUCACUUCAUCCAGUAAAGUAGCUACGAUAGCCCAGUUGCAGUCAGAUCCUGAAAAGCCACCUGAAGAGGAAAUAGAAGUCGAUGAGUUUUGGAUAUAAUCGAUUCUCUGCUGUUUAGCUCAUGAAAUAUAAUGGAAUUGAAGCUAAGAUGCUAAUAUUUUCCCUUUUUGGGUCGAAAUUGCUGUUCGUAUGAGCCCCCCAAGAACUGCUCGUGUGAUUAAUGCUUCUUAAAUAUCUCCCAUAUUUAUCCAAUUCUUGAGCUUCUUAGCCGCUUGAUAAUGAUUUCAACGAGCACAGAGCCUGUUGGGUAAUCGUCACUCAUCAAAACCUAGUCUCUGAUGCUCCUCGCAUUUCGAUUUGUGAUCUUUUUUUUUUCUUUUUUUGUUCAGUAAUUUAUUUGACUAUGGAUAAUUCAGGGCACACGUUUAUUUACUUCAACAAGCAGUUGAAGGGAAAUAAGCGGGAGAUAAUCCAGCUUGGCGCUCCGAUAUUUCAACCCACCAAGGAAGACGCAUCAAGUAAGCAGCUCCAUCCUGUGUAGUUCCUCUUCCAAAAGUCAACCGAUUUCUACCUCCCGUUUGAGGCGUUGACAAGAGAUUUCUCGGUCAACGACAUUGAUGGGCUCGAUAGAAGUUCUCUGGAUGGGUGAUUUUUCAAUAAAUAUUCUCUCCGCCGUUUCCAGGCCACAUCGAGCCGAUUCCGAAGGCCUUACAGUCGGUCGUCGACCACCUCAUCCAGUGGCGGCUGAUCCCGGAGACGAGGAGGCCGAACAGCUGCAUCAUUAACUUCUUCGACGAGGUUCCUCCCUCUUUCUGUGGAUUCCUCUUCCGGAGCGAGAAUCUGCCGGAUCUCCGUUAAUUGUCAUUGUUGAUGGUGGUGGGUGUGAUGGUGGUGCAGGAUGAGCACUCGCAGCCCUACUUCAAGCCUCCCCACCUGGACAACCCCGUCUCCACUCUCCUCCUCUCCGAGACGACCAUGGCCUUCGGGAGGUUCCUGGUCAGCGACCACCAGGGGAACUACAGGGGCUCCCUCUCCCUCACGCUCAAGGACGGGUAUGCCAAAGUUAAACAUACAUCCAGGAGGACGCCAUCUCUCUCUCUCUCCCUCUCUCUUGUUCUUACUGUGAAUGAGCAAGGAUUUAUUCAUGGCGGCAGGUCGCUACUGGUGAUGCGGGGGAACAGCGCAGACUUGGCGAGGCACGUGAUCUGUCCCUCGUCGCACACGAGGAUCAGCGUCACCUUCGUCAGGGUUCGGCCCUCUGACACGACGGCGGCGCCGGCGGCAACGGUCAGCCCCUCUCCCUCUCCCUCUUCCUCUCCGAUGGGGAAAGCGAUGACCCUGUGGCAGCCGGAGCAGAAGAAGGAGACGGCGGCGGCGGGCGGAGGGGGCCUGAUGAUCGGGGGGGUUGCCCGGUGGGGGGGAGUGCCGGCGCUGCAGGCGCCGGUGGUGCUCUUUGCGCCGCCGAGGCCGGUGGUGCUAGGCCCACCGGCGAGGAGGUUCGCCCGGGGAGGCACCGGCGUGUUCUUGCCUUGGACGGUGGGGCCUAAGAAGUACCACAAGCAUGUCCCCCCUCGCAUUCAGCGGCGCCGCCUCGCCUCCCUCCCCCCGCCGCCCCUGGAGGCCGCCGUCUGA